UCGCUGUGUUGUGGUGGUGAUGACGCUCUCUCCUCCUUCUCCUCUCCUCUCCAGGCUGUAUAUAAGUGUGGAUGGCUGGCUUUUGUUUCAGACUGACUGAGGGAACGAAGACAAGCCUUUCGGACGUACGGCACGGGGGGCCACCAUGACCCCCGCCGUGACCCUGACGAUGAGACCCCCACCUCCCUCCUGGACUGCUCGUUAUUGGUCAGUGUGCAGCAUCUACAGAAUGAUUGACAGCUGCUCCCUCUGAACCCCAGGAUGCCUGGAGUGCCAAUGGGCGGAGCAUCCUCCUCCCACUACAUCGUACCUGUCUGCCUGAUCUGCUCCUGGCUGCUCCUGCUCUUCCACGCUGCCUUUGGUCAAAAACCCGCCAAGCUGCCUUUGAUUGGCCGGAAGCCCUUCAUCGCGGCUUGGAACGCCCCACUGGACAUGUGCACUUUCAAGUACAACAUCACCACGAACAUCGACCGCCUCUUCCAUAUCCACGGGAGCCCACGUGCUGAGUGGACAAACCAGAAUGUCACCAUCUUCUAUGCCAACCGGCUGGGCUACUACCCCCACUACACGUCGCAGGGCGUCGCUGUGCACGGCGGCCUGCCGCAGAACUGCAGCCUGGACCUGCACCUGUUCAAGGCCUACCAGGACAUCAUCCACUUCAUUCCUGCUGAGGACUUCCGCGGCCUGGCAGUUAUUGACUGGGAGUACUGGAGGCCUCAGUGGAGCCGUAACUGGCACAACAAAGACAUCUACAGGCGCAAGUCAAGGGAGCUGACCGCCAAGGCGUACAUCAAUGUGACGGAGGCGCAGGUGGAAGAGCUGGCACGGCGUCGGUUUGAGAAAAGCGCCAGGGCAUUCAUGCAGAGGACCAUCCAGCUGGGGAUACGCCUUCGCCCCAACACCCUCUGGGGUUUCUACCUCUACCCUGACUGCCACAACUACAACUUUCAUGAACGGAACUACACAGGCUUCUGCCCUCUGCUGGAGAGAAUGAGGAAUGACGAGCUGCAGUGGCUGUGGAACAGCAGCACAGCGCUCUUCCCCUCCGUGGCGAUCAGGAAAAGUCACACCAACAGCAUCAACAACCUGCACUUCACGCGCCACAGAAUCCGAGAGUCUCUACGUGUGGCCUCGCUGACCUCCAAAGAGUACGACCUUCCCACCUACGUGUACAUGAGGCUGGGCUACCGGGACGACGCACUGACCUUCCUCACUGCAAAAGACUUGGUCCACACCAUCGGGGAGAGUGCUGCUCUGGGAGCUGCAGGAUUUGUCAUCUGGGGAGACAUGAACCUGACCAUGUCCAGGCAUAACUGCUCCAAAGUGAAGGCCUUCCUGAGACACCGUCUGGGCCAGUACAUCACCAAUGUGACGCGAGCUGCUGAGUUCUGUAGCGACUUCCUGUGCCAGGGGAAUGGCCGCUGUGUUCGCCGGGACCCCCUCGCCCACCAUUAUCUCCACCUGAGCGCCAAGAGCUAUCGCAUCCGGCGGUCUGAGGACGGGGACUUUGCUGUCACCGGGUGGCACUCACAGCACGACCUCCAACUGCUGACCGAGAGGUUUCGCUGUCACUGCUACGAAGGCCACAAGGGCGAGCGCUGCGACAGCAUCAACAAAGUGAGGGAGGACGACGAGCCGUGGGGGGCCGAGAAGGGGGAGGACGACGAGCAGGAGAGGCGGAGGAAGGCGUGGGAGGACGAGCAGGGUGGGCGGUUGGAGGGAGGGCAGAGUGUGGCACCGCUGACCACAUACAGCUUUCACCUGAUGUUCUUGAUGCUCCUCUUGAACUUCUCGUUACUAAAGACGGUCGUGUGAUGAACUCUGGCAAAAGCAGGUGUCACUUUUCAGCACAGCUGUACAGAUGUUACUUUUCAACACACAGACAGUAUGACGUGUAUUGUUUAAGAUGGAGACAGACUGGUCUUCAGCUGGUUCUUAACCCAGGACUUUACUGCUUUACCCAGUUGUUGUCUGCUGUCGCUGCACGACUGCUCAAUCACCGCAAACAUCUCAGAUUUGUUCAGUGAUUUCAGUAAAUCCGGUGUUGCUGUCUUUAACGGCUGGUUGCUGGCUGGAUGAGAUUUUGCAGCUGUAAAGGUAGCUGGAAGAUGACUAUGGUGGAGUGUUUGAACUGUGGCCUCAGGAGUUUUCAUGUUCUCACUGUGUUUCUGCUUGGGUUCCCUUUGGGUGCUUUGGGUUUCCUCCACAUUCCAGAGACAUGCAGGUUAGCUAAACUCUGAAUUUGCCCGUUGACAUGACUGAGACCUCGAAUGGUUGCUUGUCUCUAUGUGUCGGCGCUGAGACCCCAACCCCUCACCCAGUGUCAGCUGGGACUGGCCCUCCAAAGGGUAACAGAUAUGCAUAAUGAGUAGAAACCCUAAAUCAACACAUUUCCUUGAUCCCCAUAGCAAACACUAAGAUAACUGCUGACAUGAACACAAUGUUAAAAUGAAUAACGAAGAAAAAGCUACAUGCUCAGUCUGAAUUUCUGGUUGGAAUGAUUUAGUCUUUAAAAUGUACAACGUGAUUCUUCAGACUGCUUAUUUACUCUGAGAGUCUACAUUCACGCCAGGCACACUUAGGAAAAAUGGUGCUUUGAGCUAAAUGCUCACAAGGACAAUGCUAGCAUGCUGAGAUAAAGCAAGUCCUGCAUUAACUGUUUUGCACAUUAAACUUGCGAACAUUUGCUAAAGGAUCAUUUGCAAUGAAUCUAAAAUACAGCCGAGGCUGAGUGUGAUGCCGUUAGGCUGUAGCUUUUGCAGGUAUUUGGUUAUGAACCAAAGGAUUGGACAAAUUGUAAGUUUGACCUGAUGAUGGCACGAGACAAAAAGCUUAGGGGAUCCCCAGAGAGAGUGAAAUUUCUCCUGAAGUCGUCUUGCAUGUCUGAAUCAAAUUUCAUGGCAAUCAAUCCAACAGCUGUUAAGACAUUUGCUUCCAAACCUCAAAUGACCUCAGGGUCGAUCUUCAAGAAAAAUCCGGGGAUUACCAGUCGGGUUUACCCUAUGAAUGUGUGUGUGGCCAUCAGAGGAACAUCAGCUGAUCAAACACACUGAUUACACUCAUCAACACUCAGCCAAGGUCGCUGCUCAUCGAUGAAUGGUAAUCGAUGGGUUUUUCUGUGACAGCAGCAGUACCGCGUAUGUGAAAACACUCCCUUUUUUAAGGAGCGUGAUGGCACUUUACAUGACUUUGGCACGUCGACAGGUGAAGGUUUGGUUACUUGUGAUAAACUUCAACCAGGUGAACUGUCAUUUGACCUCUGCAACAAUCUGCACUGCCUCUUUUGCCAAAAACUGCAUCCGUUGCAGUUGAAUCAGGAAUGUUCAUUAGUAAAUGUAGAUACUGUUGGGCUGAAUCACCUUCGGCAAAGAGAGGGUUUGACACGCUGAGCGCAGGGAUCAUGUUUUUUACUUUUAAAAGCUCCACGGUUCAGUAGAAUCACGGGAAAAUGUGGCUGCAGGAUGAUCCUCCGGAUAGUGUUGUGGAGACAGCCAAGCCUUUCAGCGGAAACCAAAGGGUGCUAAUGCUACACAGUCAUAUGUAGGAAAAUAAUCACUAAGAAUAACUGUUUAUUUCUGAUAGCAUGAAGCUUAUUAUUUUUUCUUAGACAAUAAGCUGCUCUUUUACUUGACAUCAUACAUAAAGUGUCUUUUUUUGUACUGUUGCUUACAUUAUACCCGUGAAGUGCAGCUUGUAAGCAAACACCUCAUGUUUGAGCCUGUUGGGACGUGGUGAGUACAUGUUGUAGGUGCUAUUGACAACAUAAUAUGUUUAAUAUCAAUAUACACUAUACAGACAAAAGUAUUGGGACACGUGACAAUCACACCAACAGGGACUUUAAUGGCAUCUAAACACACAAACAACUUUGCCGCUCUAACAGCUUCCACUCUUCU